AUGACUGAAAGAACUCUAGUCCCAAUAUUUGUCUUCUGGGCUUUCCUUACAAUAAUCACACCAACACUUAUUCUCUUGUCAGAGAAUUCAAAGGCCGACCCCGAUUUAAACGGGAACAUAACCGAGGGAAUGAAGGUCAGAAGAAUGAUAAGGACACCACCAGCGCCAACCAAGUCUGUGGUUGCUGAAGAGGAACUUGCCUCAGCACCAGCACCAGUACCAGUACCAUUACCAUUACCAACUCCUACAGGGUCAUCACACACACAUCAUAAUCUUACUCAUAUAAGCAAUAGGACCGAUGAUGGGAUUACGCUCUCCUUUCCUGAAAUACUCCUCCAAGUAAAAAAAACAAAUGUCAGAUAG